AACGCGGCGAGGCAAGAUGGCGGCGACCAAGAGAAAGCGGCGUGGGAGUCUGGAAGUUCAAGCGAAGAAGCCAAAAAGGAGCCGGAAAGAUGCCGGGCAGCCAGCUAAGCAGGCCGAUGUGGCAAAAGAGGCAGAGGAAGAAAACAGAGAUCGUAUUCCAGGUCCCGUUUGCAAGGGCAAAUGGAAAAAUAAGGAGCGGGUCCUCAUCUUUUCUUCCAGAGGAAUAAAUUUCAGAACCAGACACUUAAUGCAGGACUUGAGAAUGUUGAUGCCUCAUUCUAAAGCAGAUACUAAAAUGGAUCGUAAAGAUAAAUUAUUUGUGAUAAAUGAGGUCUGUGAAAUGAAAAAUUGCAACAAAUGCAUCUACUUUGAAGCUAAGAAAAAACAGGAUCUCUAUAUGUGGCUUUCAAAUUCACCUCAUGGGCCAUCUGCCAAGUUCCUGGUUCAAAAUAUUCAUACCCUGGCUGAACUAAAGAUGACUGGAAAUUGUUUGAAAGGUUCUCGGCCCCUUUUAUCUUUUGACCCUGCUUUUGAUGACUCGCCACAUUAUGCUUUGUUAAAAGAAAUCUUAAUUCAGAUUUUUAGUACACCACGGUACCAUCCCAAGAGUCAGCCCUUUGUGGACCACGUGUUUACGUUCACUAUUCUGGAUAACAGGAUAUGGUUUCGGAACUUCCAGAUUAUAGAAGAAGAUGCUGCUCUAGUGGAAAUAGGACCCCGUUUUGUCUUAAAUCUCAUAAAGAUUUUUCAGGGAAGCUUUGGAGGACCAACCUUAUAUGAAAAUCCUCAUUACCAGUCUCCAAACAUGCAUCGGCGUGUCAUAAGGUCCAUCACAGCUGCAAAGUACAGAGAGAGACAGCAAGUCAAAGAUGUCCAGAAAUUGAGAAAGAAAGAACCAAAGACUAUUCUUCCACAUGAUCCCACUGCAGAUGUGUUUGUUACACCAGCAGAGGAGAAACCAAUAGAAAUACAGUGGGUGAAACCGGAGCCAAAAGUAGAUCUGAAAGCAAGGAAGAGAAGGAUUUACAAAAGGCAUCGGAAAUUGCAACAGAAGAUGAGCAGAGGGAGUGCAAAAUGAAUCAGUGGAUAACUAUCUCUUUUAGUUACUGUGUAUUUAUUUUGUAUUCCAUGUGUAAAUACUUUUAGUAUACCGAACUAGCUAUGUCUAAUUAGGUUGCCAUUUUAAAAAAUUAAAAUCUUUAAGUCAGUGUUGAUCUUUUUCUAAAUAAAGCAUCUUCAGAACUCCCCAGCAACUUUAUUCUUUUCAGAGCCUCACUUAGUAUAGAAUCUUUAGCACACUUAACAGUUGGCUUGCCCCAUUGCUUAGAAUUUGGUUUAGUUAAGCUGAAAUUCAAACAGACUAAUUGGGUCUGUAAUUACUUACAAAGAUGUUAGAGACUGGAUGGCAAGGUGGAGGUCAUUUCACUGAGCUUUCUCUGCUGAGGUCAGGUCACUAAUUCAUGAAGCCUUGGGAAGUCGACUUCUGAUACAGAAUAUUUGAUAACACUGAACCCCCAAAUUGUGGUGUUUACUGAAAAAAAAACUGUUUCUAGUUGGCUCAGCCUUAGGACACACCUUUAAUCCCUCUGGCUGGAAUACAGACAUGCCCUUAGUACACGCCAUUAAUCCCAAACAAGGUAAAAUUAGUUUGUAGAACGAACACCAAUGUUUGAAAUUGAUAGAUGAUUAAGUGGCAGACAGUGAUAAAUCAGUAAAAGAUUGAAGAGAAUAGGGUAUGUCCAUCUCAGGAGAAAAGCUCAAAGAGCAGCAGAGAAGGCAGUUUUACUGGACAGUUGCACAGAGACAUGUUGGAGAAAGAAUGAGCCAGAAUAUUAGAACAGAUAGCCAGAGUUAUGGCCAAGCACAGCAAAAAGAGGCCAAGAAAGAAGUUUGAUUGUAUCAGCUUGGAAAGGAGUUUUAGCCAGAAUACCUGAGUUGAAUCAGCUUGCAAGAGAUCAGAAAGAACUAGAAAGGGUGAGCUUAUUCAGUAUCUUGAGGCUGAAAGCAUUCUAGGCCUAGAUUAGAUUGUACAGAGACUAGAAGCUUCAAGGACUAGACCUCGGUUAGACUGAGGCAGUAAGCCUUGGAGACAACAAUGACCUCAGGAGAAUAACAGUUAUUUUGACAUCUGAUCAUUUCAGUCACUCUACCACCAGUGCAUUUAAUUCUUUGGUUUUGAAAAACAACUCCUACCUUUUUGUAAGCAUUUAUGUUUAUCUUGGACAACUUCGGAUUCUAGAGCGGAGUAACAACAGGGAAAGCAGCACCCUGAUGAAGUGAUGACGGGGCUGGCUGGCUGGCUGGUGAGAUGCACGAACACAGAUGUUUUAUAUACAUGUACGUGUAUUAUAUAUGUAUGUUAAAUUUUGCCACACCUUUUCACUGAACAUUGUGUAUUUUUCCACUACUGCAGCAUGUUUUUACUAACUAGACAUAUACUUUACCCAUUCAAAGAUAAAUUUGAGUUUUUGUGUUUCUAGUAUGGUGCCUAUGGUAAAUAUUUCUGUACAGAAAUCUCUGUAUAACACUUAUUAAAUAAAACUUUGGUCAAAGGUUUUUAGCAAUAAA